UUAAUAAUCAGAUUGGCUCCAUUAUAUUCAGAAUUUUCUGAUAAUUCUCCACUUUUCAUUUUGCAUGAUUAUCUUCAUGACUGUAGCAUCAUUUACAGACAUAUAUUUUCUUUGGUCAUUUAGCAUAUAAUUUACAUAAAAUGAUAUACAAAAUUAGAGCUAGUGUGUGUGUGUGUGUGUGUGUGUGUGUGUGUGUGUGUGUGCAGUUGAUAAAGACAUGCUGUUGCUACAAUGAGACAGAUCAUUUGUUGUGGGGGCUGUUGAACCACACUUAACAAGCUGAGGGAAGUGUAAAAUAUGUGGUCAUUUAUAUAUUUUGGUUGUGUGCAAGUACUGUGAGACAAGUCAUAAAGGUUCACAUGACUGCUGUACUGACAGGUGUGACCCUUUUAUUCAGUGUGGAGCCUGCAGGGGCUGACAGAUGAUAUGGAGUGUUUAAGUCACUAUAACAGCAGUUUUGUUUUGUAUCUGAUGAAAUUUUUAAGGAUGCUAAUGAAGGUCAGUAUUGACUUUUUUUUAAGGAGGCAAGAUAAAAGAUAUUUUGUAGCUUUAUUCAUCCAUAUACAGUAUGUACAGUAUUAGUAACAAGGGGAACCCACCAACCUCCUUGUAAUCUCCUAAAUUUCAUUUUCAUCUUCCUUUUUCCCUUCUCCCUUUAUUGCAUAUUUUCAGAAGUUCUUAUAUCCUUACCCACUGUCUUUUUUCUCUUCACCUCCCCUUCCCUUCUGUUCCAUUCCCUGGUGAUGGCACAGAAUUAUCAACAACAAGCUUUUGACGGCUGAGGAUGAAGCCCGAAUCAACCAGGUACAGGCCAGGUCAUUAGCAGCAGGCAUGGCCGCCGUGCCCCGCCAAGCCCGGGUGUUGAACCUGAGACCAAGCCAGAGUGAGGGCAGUGUCAUUCCUCCUGUCCACUACCCCAACUUCUACUCCCAACACUACCACAGCAAUGAGCGGUCUGGUGUGGUGGCUGAGGAUUCUUUUGAAGAGGACAAUGCUUCUGCUUCAUCUGAGCAGGUGGUGAGCUACAGCUACCUGGCUGCACCUCAAGGCCAAAGCCACUCCAAAGAUGUGGUCUAUGGGUCUGGUGCAGCAGCCAAGCCUCCUUCCUCUGGCCACAGCUUCUCUGCCAGAUCUCCAACUCUUAGCCAGACACUUUGACUGGAAAUUCAGAAAUCUGGUCAUACAGCAGCUCCUGGCCAUGCCUCAGACCAUACUCACCUCAGCACUACACCACCUGUUAUUACUGCCUUUGAGUCUUCAAAAUUAUCUCACAUUUUCCCUUCCCCAUUAGUCCAUUCCUCAUCAUUCUCUGCACCAUCACCUUUUUUCUCCUCAUCCUUCUCACCUUCUGCUCACUCAUCAUCUCCCCCACAACCAUCACUCCCUCCUGCCUCUCCAUUUACUCAUCCUGAAGCCAUAUUUGCCAUGCACCAAACUUCUACCACAGUUCACCCUGCUGAUCCCAGCCAAUUUAUCAUCAAGGACUCCACUUUCCAGGUUAGUAGGUAUUUGUGAUUUCUCUCUCUCUCUCUCUCUCUCUCUCUCUCUCUCUCUCUCUCUCUCUCUCUCUCUCUCUCUCUCUCUCUCUCUCUCUCUCUCUCUCUCUCUCUCUCUCUCUCUCUCUCUCUCUCUCUCUCUCAUUAAAAAUGGUAAUUUAGAUUUGGGUCAAUCUGUGAAAAUACAAAUAAGAAACAAAUGCAAACACACACAAAUGUACAAAUUUGAUUUUGGCUACCUUCUGUUCAUUCAUCUCCCUUUCCCCUUGUUUCUCCACCUUUUUUAUUUUUUGUUUGAGAGAGAGAGAGAGAGAGAGAGAGAGAGAGAGAGAGAGAGAGAGAGAGAGAGAGAGAGAGAGAGAGAGAGAGAGAGAGAGA